CAUUCGUGGGCGGGAUAGACUAGUACAUAGUGCGCAGAUUUAGAGCACAGGCUUUGAUUUCUGCACUAAUCCUUCGACAGGAGUAAUUACAGUCAAAUAAAUGGAGGACACAAAGCUUGAAGAGACACCCGUGGAGGAGCAGAAAGAUGAGGAGAAUAAGUUCUGUCCAGAGAAAGUGGAGGAAGCCAAACUGAAGGCCAAAUACCCUCACCUGGGCAAUAAACCUGGAGGAUCUGACUUGCUCAGGAAAAGACUGCAGAAAGGGCCAAAGUACUUUGACUCGGGCGACUACAACAUGGCAAAGGCCAAGAUCAAGAACAAGCAGCUUCCCGCAGCUCAGACGGAGAAGGCAGAGAUCACCGGCGACCACAUCCCCACCCCUCAGGACCUGCCGCAGAGGAAACCCUCUUUGGUGGCCAGCAAACUGGCCGGCUGAUACCCUCCGCUGGCCUUCACUCCCACUACCUGUCUCGUCAUCCACAUUUCUCUCUGAUCCUGCAUUCCUGACUCUGUCCUGUCCUCUCUUCUCUUAACUCCAUGUGAAAAUACACUGAAUAUUCAAGGGUUACAGAUGUUACAGAGUUGUACCGAACUGCAGCACUGUGAGAUGGGUCGCUUGUGGCCCGAGAGGGGGUGAAGUUCUCAAAGGUCUUCUGAUGUUUAAUGUGUUGUAGUAUAUAUAGCUGGAAGUGUACAUAUUUACUAGUAAGUCAGGGCAAAUGGCAUUUUACAAGUUGUUUUACAUUUUAAUUGGAACCAUUCCUGAAUUACCCACUGCUUAAAAGGAUGGUUCACCAAAAAAUGCCAUCAUUUACGCACCCUACAUCGUGUAUUUCAUUAUCAAAUGGCUUCAGAAGUCGUGUGGAUGCCUAUGGUGCUUGACCGCCUCAGUCCCCAUUCGCUUUCAUCUUAUGGAAAAGAGCAGCCCGGACAUCUUCAAAAUAUCUCCUUUUGUGUCCCAUAGAAGAAUAAAGGUUUGAAAUGACAUGAGGAUGAGCAAGUAAUGACAGAAUUGUCAUUUUUUGGUGAACCAUCUUUUUAAUUAGGGAGUUGUGCUUGAAUCGAUAAUGAAUUGAAGGUAAUCGCUAAUAAUGUCACUGAUCUGCACCCUGUUUCUUUCACGAGAAGGCUCUUUUCUUUUCGUGUUGUUUCAGCUUUAUGUGGAGGACAUUCAAUUGGUCAUGUUUGAGAGCAUGUAACGCUGAUCUCUAAGGCUGCUUUCAGCUUGCCUUGUAUCAUAGUGCUUAAAGCCUUAUAAUGAUGUAGUGCCAAUGCACAGAUUGGCAAGCAGUUCUAGAUCCUCACUACACAUUCAUUUCAUAUGUGACUUUUUUCGUGUUUGGCAUUAGACAGCAGGCAGAUAGUGAGGAGGCCUCUCCACCCUCUGAUGUUCACGAUAAACUCCAUGAGAUCGCCUGUAUCUUGUCUUCUAUGCAGAGGAGGAAAGCAGUUGUCUGUCGGCACCUCACGCCACGGUCUGCAUGAGCAUAAACUGUGGUCGCUUUUGAGCCAUGUUGACUUGUAAAUAAAAUAGUUUUGCAAAC